AGAAGACUGUGUUGCAGCUUCACGCAGCUAAAAACGCAAUUUACACGCAGUCCACCCCGGGAGAGUAUUCGUACGUUGAUGUCGAUUCAACACAUUUUGCAGGGAUAAACACGGUCACACGUCCAAUCAGACAAAACACCAAAUCAGCAGAUCUAAUUUGACGGAGCAGCGAACUUGCUGGAAAAGGGCAAUUCAACACUUCGGAUGGGACCAUCUUUGUUCUGCUAGUAACAUGGAUCUUGGACUUCCAUUUAGUCCUGGCUGUGCUGAAACACACCAUGUUGACCUUAGAGUGAUCGUGAAAGAGGAAGAUAUAAAAGAGGAGGAGUAUGGUCAUAUGAUUGCAUGUCCAGAUGAAGAAGAAAAGCUUUUUGCAGAGUUUCACUGUAAAUCUGAAACAGACGUCACAGAGACACCAGAGUCUACUUACAAUGAAAUGCUACCGACAACAGUGAAGACUGAAGUGAAGAAAGAGGAGGAGGAAGAGGAGGAACAACAUGAACAUCUGCUGGAAAGUGUAUCUGAACACCCACAUGUAACACGACAGAAGAUCCAUGGACUGAAUGAUGAACUCAACCUGCAACUCAAAGGAAGGCUGCAUCACUGCUCAGUCUGCAGGAGUAGUUUCACAACCCUCACUAAACUUCAGAAACACCAGCGAACACACUCAGUUAGGGUGAACGAAAAGGAGUCUCGGAAAAUGCCACAUAAAUAUGCUCAUUGUGGAAAAGCAUUUACAACACCCUCACUACUCAACCACUGCAUGCUUACACAUUCUGGAGAAAAGCCUCAUGAAUGUGUCCAGUGUGGAAAAUGUUUUUCAUGCAGUUCAGCUCUUAAAACCCACAUGUUCAUACACACUGGAGAGAAGCCUCAUAAAUGUACCCAGUGUGGAAAAGCUUUUUCACAAAUUUCAAAUCUUAACAUACACAUGCUAAUACACACUGGAGAGAAGCCUCAUAAAUGUCAACAUUGUGAAAGAGGUUUUGGAAAACGUUCAAAUCUUAAAACCCAUAUGCUAACUCACACUGGAGAGAAGCCUCAUAAAUGUCUCCAUUGUGAAAGCAGUUUUGGACAACGUUCACAUCUUAAAACACAUAUGCUAACUCACACUGGAGAGAAGCCCCAUAAAUGUGUCCAGUGUGGAAAAGCAUUUCCUCACCCUGCAAAUCUUAAAACCCAUAUGCUAACUCACACUGGAGAGAAGCCUCAUAAAUGUGUUCAGUGUGGAAAAGCAUUUCCUCACCCUGCAAAACUUAAAAUCCAUAUGCUAACUCACACUGGAGAGAAGCCUCAUAAAUGUGUACAGUGUGGAAAAGCAUUUCCGCACCCUUCAAAGCUGGAAACCCAUAUGGUAACUCACACAGGAGAGAAGCCUCAUGAAUGUGUCCAGUGUGGGAAAAUGUAUUCAUUCAUGUCUAAUCUUAAACGCCAUAUGCUAAUACACACUGGAGAGAAGCCUCAUAAAUGUGUCCAGUGUGGGAAACCGUUUUCAACAAUGUGUAGUCUUAAACGACAUAUGAUAGUACACACUGGAGAGAAGCCUCAUAAAUGUAACCAGUGUGGAAAAGUAUUUAGACACCUCCAAUCUCUCCAACAUCAUUUUCUAAUACAUACGGGAGAGAAGCCUCAUAAAUGUGUUUAUUGCAGAAAAGUAUUCAGAACAUCCAAAAACCUUAGAUGCCACAUACUUACACAUACUGACAAGAGUCUUCAUAAAUGUGUCCAGUGUGGAAAAGGUUUUUCACUCAGGUCAAGUCUUUCACGCCACAUGCUUGUACACAAAGGAGAGGAGCCUAAUAAAGGAAUGAAGCCACCUAGUGGAGAGAAAUCUCAUGAAUGUACCCAGUGUGGAAAAGGUUUUAGAUUGGCUGGAAACCUUAAAAUUCACAUGCUAGUACACACAGGAGAGAGGCAUUAUAAUUGUUCCCAGUGUGGAAAAUCAUUUAGAACAUCCCAAGAUCUUCAACGUCACAAGUUUACACAUACUGGAGAAAAGCCUCAUGAAUGUGUCCAGUGUGGAAAACGUUUUUCAUUCAGUUCAACUCUUAAAAAACACAUGCUAAUACACACUGGAGAGAAGCCUCACAAAUGUACCCAGUGUGGAAAAGCUUUUUCACAAAUUUCAAAUCUUAACAUACACAUGCUAAUACACACUGGAGAGAAGCCUCAUAAAUGUCUCCAUUGUGAAAGAGGUUUUGGAAAACGUUCAAAUCUUAAAACCCAUAUGCUAACUCACACUGGAGAGAAACCUCAUAAAUGUGUUCAGUGUGGAAAAGCAUUUCCUCACCUUGCAAAUCUUAAAAUCCAUAUUUUAACUCACACUGGAGAGAAGCCUCAUGAAUGUGUCCAGUGUGGGAAAAUGUAUUCAUUAAUGUCUAGUCUUAAACGCCACAUGCUAAUACACACUGGAGAGAAGCCUCAUAAAUGUCUCCAGUGUGGGAAACCGUUUUCAACAAUGUGUAGUCUUAAACGCCAUAUGCUAGUACACACCGGAGAGAAGCCUCAUCAAUGUAACCAGUGUGGGAAAGUAUUUAGAUACCUCCAAUCUCUCCAACAUCAUUUUCCAAUACAUAUGGGAGAGAAGCCUCAAAUGUGUUUAUUGCAGAAAAGUAUUCAGAACAUCCAAAAACCUUAGAUGCCACAUACUUACACAUACUGACAAGAGUCUUCUUAAAUGUGUCCAGUGCGGAAAAGAUUUUUUAGCAAUAUCUAGUCUCAAAUGCCAUAUGCUAGCACACACUUGAAGAGAGGAUUGUGGAGGUGGUGAAUAUGUUCAAAGUCAAAAUGGUGAAGUAAAAAUGGCUUUGAAUUGAAAAAUACUGGAAUGAAUCAAUUGAUUUAAUUAAUUUAAAUGGGAUUUGGUUAAAACAACAUUCAUAUGGUGAGAAAAUGACCAUUCUGAAUAAAUUAUAAUCUAUAGAUGAUGUACAAUGAGUUUUAUGUCAAUCAGUGGCCACUGGCUAGUUCAUUUUAUAUUGAAAAUUAUUAGAAAAGUUGACCAUUUUGAAGCAGAAUUUGUAUUUUCUUUUCUAUUUGUCUUUGUCAUGAACAUUAAGACUGCACAUGGGCCUUUUGAUACAAUAUUUGAUUGAUGCAGCUUUUUCCUUUUCUUCUUUAUUAUUGACACAUAGGCCUGUCAGUCAUGAUGAUUGGCACCCGUGGGUGCUGAAUGAAUGGUCAUGUGAUAUGGGCCACACUCUUCCUGUUACCCACAUGCCUGACAAAGAUCCAGGGUGAUCGAAACGUUGCUAUGUUUUUAAAGUAAUAAAGUUGAUAUUUUUGGAGCAAUUGC